AUGAAUCCUGAGGACCAUAUAGACCUCUCCGCUCUGGCCUACGCAAACUCACUCCUCCCGGACGUGCCGCAACCAGAGCCGCAAUUCCCGACGACGGAGCGCUUCAUGCCAAACCACCACGUCCUCCCACUGGAGCCAGGGUACACCGAGCCGGGCGACGGACAAAAUGCCUACGCUACACCGCCACAGCCGCAUCCGGGGCUGUCGCCAAACCAUACCAGGCCCCGCAAAUGCAAGAAUUGCCAGAAAGCCAGGGCGUAUUGCUCAGGGCACGAGCCGUGUAACCGUUGCGUGGCCGCGAACAUCAGCUGCAACUACACUCGCAGUCCCUCCAGAGCGUCGCCGCCGAAACGGCGGCACUCGCCACACGAUGCAGACGAGACCGGAAGACCGACGAAGAAGACGAGACUUCCACCGGCACCCCCUCGCAGCGCCCCGGACCCGCCACUCUUCCGCCGCCGUCCGUUUCUCGGCGUCCCUGAGGACGGCCUCUGCGACCACUGCCGCUCUGGCGGGCACCAGAACAAGCCCUGCGACGCGGACCACGCCGCCGAGAUCGAGUGCUCGCAGUGCACAAAGUACCGCAACCUCGUCGACCCGAACCACGUCUGCACCGUCCGCGGCGGCGAGUACUGGCAGAAGCGCUUCACCAACUCGCGGCCGACGUAUUUCAGCUUCGAUCGCAGCACGAGCUGCUGCGUGAGGUGCAAGGAGAAGCGCAUCUCGAACCGCCCGACGCUGUGCGACAUUGACGACCGCGUCAAGAUAGGCUGCACGCCCUGCAACAUUGACGGGGUCCUCUGCAAGGCGUAUAACGAGGAGAAGGCGCUGGGCAUCUCGCGAGAGCCCGACGAGCCGGCCAACUUCAUGUGGGAUCGCCCAGCGCAGGUUGGUGGCACCAUUGCGCGCGAGCGCCGGCCGUGGUGGCGGCACAUGUGCCGCGAGUGUCACUCGCAGCUCGGGAAGCGCCGGUGGCAUGCCUGCUCAUGGAUUCUAGACGUGCGGCUGGGCGAGUACAAGUGCAGCCGGUGCGUGGAGAAGGGCCUGCCAUGCGUCGACCCCUGGACGGGGGUGCAGUACGACGCACCGUAUGAGUACUCCGGGCUCGGGGACAAGAUAUCCACCGCUAACAAGUCAACACCCCGGACGGGACGGCAGCGGUGCACGAACUGCUCCAACAACAAUAUGCACUGCCGCGGCUACAACAACGAUGACGCGGGCUUCUCGUGCAUAAAGUGCUCCAUCUGGGGCCUGACGUGCCAGCUCCCUUCGCACAACGGGCCGCCUCGGACGCUGCCGCACAUGGACCGGAAGAUGAUCGGAUACUCGAGGGUCUCGAGCGACAAGGCGACGACGUUCGUCGGUUGCAAGCCGUGUCGGGACAACGGUGAUAACUGCGACCGUAAGCGGCCCUGCGACAGCUGCCAUAGCAAGGGGAGAGAAUGCGACGAUUGGACUACCGGGACAUGCAAGCGCUGGGAAACCGUCGGUGCGGACACGCCUGACUAUUACAUGUCUCUCGGGUACGGGCCCAACGGCGUCGAUAAUGGUCGGUGGGAUGUGCCGGAGCAUCAGCUAAUCGGGCCCAAUAAGCCCAAGCGCGCAGAGAUGGGCGCGCAGACUCUUCCUGUCCUGGGCCAAGGAGAGACGCUGUCAGGGUGGGCGGAGGCUCCCCAAGCGGCGCCGCGCGCGUUCGGCCCCGGCGUGGGUGAAAAGUAUGCCGAAUUAUUCAAGAGUCCUUCGUCAAAUGGCUCGAAUACACGGGGCGCGACGGCAAGUGCUUCGCCCUCGUAUAACAGCCCUACCAGCCAAACGUACUUUGGAGAUAACAACGCCGCCCAUGAGGCACUUGAGAAUGGCCAGAAGUACGAGGAGUGGGUGAGCGCCUUCAACGCCAAGCAUGGUGGCGCGGCCCAGAGGCACGAGAACUUCCCUCCGUUCGGAGGCCAGCCUCAGAAUCGGGACGAGAUCCAGCAGGUCGUGGGCAACAACAGAGGUACAUCCCAUACAGACUUGCAGCGUAUGGCUCAUGAGGCCGAGAUCCCCGUGGACCCGGCUCUCGCCAUGGACAUAGACAACGACGACAGGCAGAACAACCUCAUAGACAUAGAGGUCCAAGAGCAAAACCGGGUCGCGGCAGAGAUCAGGCAAGCUAUGCACCUCUACGCAAGAGACAUGCGCUUCAUCCCAGUUGAGCUACGCCAGUUCUCCAUCCCUGAAGUCGUUGACAUCCCGGCAACGGCCAGGCCUGUCCGCGCUCCUCAGCGGGUGCUCCUGCAACUGGAAGAUAACCCUCAGGCGCAACCCCGUUCGCCUUACCAGUCCUUUUGGGAUCCCCCCGUAUACGAGAAGCGUCUCAGAGGACUCCUCGCCAAGUGGAAGAAGCCCGCGCACAACGUCCUCUGCGACAUCCCCGACGAGCCCGCCCGCUUCGAUGGCCCGGCGGAGAACGGAGCAAGAUGCGAGGAAAGCUGCCCGCCCUGCGGCGCCCCGGUGCGCAACGGCGCACACUGCGAGAAUCUCCAGCACAUGAUCCGCCCGCGGCCGUAUACCGUCUGCGACGAGUGUGACAUGCGGGGCAAGCAAAACCUCUUCCAAGGGCCUAUGCCGCUGACGCGCGGCGAGUUCCUCAACAUGCGCGCCUACGCUUGCGAUGCCUGCGUCCUGACGGAGGAGGGCGCCGCGACGUUCGGCGGAACGUGGGGCGACACACCUUCGAACCCGGUCACGGGGUGCCUCUGCGCGGCCAAGCUGCUCAACCGGCGGCUAUGUCAGCACCACCGGUACCGGCUGGCGGCGUCGAUGAUGGUGCAGACCAUGUUUGUGGCCGAGUGGGCCGUAACCAACUUCGGGCCCGACAAGUGCCUGUUCUGCAAGGAGCAGCCGAGCAAGCUGGCCGUGGACAGCGACUUUUCGACGUCGCUUGUCUACUUGUGCCUCAACUGCCAGGGCGUCGUCUGCGAGAGCUUUGAGCGGGACCUGCAGCCUGGCGUGUAUGACUGGCUUGGCAGAGUCGAACCGGUGACGCUCUGGAGGCAGAACUGGGAGCCAAUGUCCAACGUAUAG